AUGAGACGGGCGGAGGAGAGACGGGAGGUGGGAAAGGACGCGUGGGAAGGACGACGGGCAAGAGGGAAAAAUGGCAGAUAUAAUACAUCAGCAGUAGCAGCACCAGCAAAAGCAGCACCAGCAGAAGCAGCACCAGCAGAAGCAGCAUCAGUAGCAAAAGCAGUAGGAAAAACAGCAGCAUCAGCAGCAGCACCAGCAGAAGCAGCACCAGCAGAAGCAGCAUCAGUAGCAAAAGCAGUAGGAAAAACAGCAGCAUCACCAGCAGAAGCAGCACCAGCAGAAGCAGCAUCAGUAGCAAAAGCAGUAGGAAAAACAGCAGCAUCAGCACCAGCAGCAAAAGCAGCAGCAGUAGGAAAAGCAGUAGGAAAAACAGCAGCACCAGCAGAAGCAAAAGCAGCAGAAACAGCGGAAACCUCUCAAGGUGUGCCAUCAGCCAGCCGCCUAGCCUAG